AUGGCAUCGCCGUUCAGGCCGGAGGUGCUGAAGGGGAAAGUGGCUCUCAUCACCGGAGGCGGUUCCGGCAUCGGCUUUGAGAUCGCCACGCAGUUUGGCCUCCACGGCGCCGCUGUCGCCAUCAUGGGGCGGCGGAAGCACAUCGUCGAGGCGGCUCAGGCGGCCCUCCAAGCCCAGGGAAUCCAGGUAAUGCCACGGGAAACAAACCUCAACUCUUCUCCUACCUUCUCCUACCUUCUCCUUCCUUCUCCUUCUCCACAGAAUUCGAUGAAUUUCCUUUCCUCCUCAAUUCUUCUGCCUCUUCUCUUCUCUGUCGCUCGAGAUGAUUCCGAUCGAGAAGCUAACCUAACUUCGGGUCGAUCUACAGCCGUAUCCAACCCUGUCGAUCGGUAGGUGUUUUCCUUCCCAGAGUAAACCUGGAAAUCAGAUCCGGAGUAAUCCAAUGAAAAUCUAAUCUUCUUCGGAGUAGAAUCAAUCACUCGGAGGCAUUUUCCUUUCCGCAAUAAACCUGCAAAUUUUAAAUAAAUAAACAAAUCUUCAGCCUCGUAGUUCAUGGCUAAUCAGCUUCCAUCCUUCAACUGAUCGGUCCGGCUCCCAGAGGAAAACCGAGAGAUGAUAUGAUUAUCUUGGAUCAAUCCAAUGCAUCUCGAGAAAAAUUUGCUCAAAAUGCCUCCUACCUAAUCUAGGCGAUCGGGCUGGAAGGCGACGUCCGAAGGCGGGAGGACGCGGCGAGAGUCCUAGAAGCGGCCGUCAAACACUUUGGGAGGCUCGACAUCCUCGUCAAUGGCGCCGCCGGGAACUUCCUCGCCUCGCCGGAGGAGCUCUCCCCCAAUGGCUUCCGCACAGGCGCGACCACCCCCUCGAGAAUCAGAAUCCCCAUUCUUGCAUAUUUCAUACUCUCCAUCCUUCUGAUCUGAUCUUCCUGCUGCAAAUUUUGGCUCUCGCAGUGUUGGACAUCGACGCCGUUGGCACCUACACCAUGUCCCACGAAGCUCUCAAGUACCUCAAGGCUGGGGCCGGCGGCAGAGCUCCCUCCGACGGCGGGCUCAUCCUGAACAUCAGCGCCACCCUCCAUUACACUGCAGCCUGGUACCAGAUCAACGUCUCCGCAGCCAAGGUAAUGACUUCCUUAUACAUCUUUUCAUCAACACGAAUCUAUGUAUAUAAAAAAUUAAAAAAAAUGAAGAUGUUGAUUAAUUAUCAUUCUGAUUGUGAUGUGGGCAGGCGGCGGUGGACAGCAUAACGAGGGGGUUGGCCCUGGAGUGGGGGACGGAUUAUAAUAUCAGGGUGAAUGGGAUUGCGCCGGGGCCCAUUGCAGGCACCCCGGGGAUGAGGAAGCUGGCACCGGAGGAGAUGAGGAGAAGGGUCAGGGAGGAUAUGCCGUUCUUCAGGCUGGGCGAGAAAUGGGACAUAGCGAUGGCCGCCAUCUACCUGGCGUCUGAUGCAGGUCAGAGAUUCUUUCUCCUUGCUUCCUCCUCUGUCAUCACCAGUUUACAACCGGAUGAGGAGCGAAAUUGAGUUUUCUAUUUGGGUUUUCUUCUCUCUCUCUCUCUCUCUCCAGAGGUAGCAUGCCUAGUUAAUUUUGAGGGCUCCUCUCAUUUGGUGUAAUUGGGGACAGGGAAGUACGUCAAUGGAGCGACGUUCGUUGUGGAUGGAGGGCACUGGCUGAGCCAACCCCGGAUGAUCCCAAAGGAAGAGGUCAAGCAGAUGUCCCGGGUGGUGGAGAAGAAGUCCAGAAAGGAACCCACCGGCGUCCCCAAGAGCAAGCUCUGA